AGACGGAGAUCCAUGAGGUGGAGGAGAGGAAGAACAGGCAGAUCAGCGAGCUGAUGAGGAGCCACGAGAAGGCCUUCGGUGACAUCAAGAACUACUACAAUGACAUCACCCUCAAAAACCUGGCGCUCAUCAGCUUGCUGAAGGAGGAGGUGGAGGAGAUGAAGAAGAGAGAGAAUCACUUGGAAAAGGAGAAAGCGGACGUGCUGCUCCAGAACAAGCAGCUGAAGGAGCCCCUGCAGCAGGCCCGGGAGGAGGUGUCUGAGCUGCAGAAGAAGUUGGCCCACUAUAACAAGGACAAGGAGGCCCUGACGAACACAAAAGCCCGUCUGAAAGUCACCCAGAAGGAGCUGAAGGAUCUUCAGUGGGAACACGAAGUGCUGGAACAGAGGUUCAGUAAGGUGCAGGCGGAGCGAGAUGAGCUCUACCAGAAAUUCACCAAAGCCAUUCACGAGGUGCAGCAGAAGACGGGCUUCAAGAACCUGCUCCUGGAGCGCAAGCUGAAAGGACUCCUCAGCCUCCUGGAGAAAAAGGAGGUGGAGCUCAGCGAGGUCUUUGCAGCCUCCAACCUCGACCCGGGCGCCCUCUCCUCGGUCUCGCAGAAGCUGGAG